GGCGGAGCGCCGGGCAUCCCGGAGCGGAGACCGGCCGGCGCUGAGCCCAGGCUGCCCGGGUACCCGCUUCUCCGAGCAUCCCAUCUCCCCGCUGCCUCCAAUACCCGCGUCUCCUCGGUUCCCCGAGCAUCCCAUCUCCCCUCUGCCCCCCGGUUCCCUGAGGAUCCCACCCCUCCUGUCCCCUCGAUACCUGCAUCUCCCCAGUUCCCAGAGCAUCCCAUUUCCCCGCUAACCCUGCUAUCGUAGCUCCUCGUUCCCUGGGAAUCCCACCUCCCCGUUACUCACAUCUCCCAGUUCCCUGAGCAUCCCGUCUCUCUGCUACCCUCAACACUCGCAUCUCUCAGUUCCCUGAGCAUCCUAUCUCCCCACUACCUCUGGUAUCUGCAUCUCCUGGUUCCCAGAGCAUCCCACCUCCCCGUUACUCACAGCUCCCAGUUCCUGAGCAUCCCAUCUCUCCACUACUCUCAAUACCCGCAUCACUCCAGUGCUCUGAGCAUCUUCUCUCCCCCUAUCUCCAGUUCCUCGGGCAUCCUACCCCCCCAAACACCCCAACACCUUCAUUUCCUCCAUUCUCCCAUCUCCCCACGGUACCCACCCAGCACCCCACACCCCGCAGCCAUGGCGUUCAUGGUGAAGAGCAUGGUUGGGGGGCAGCUGAAGAACCUGACGGGUGGCCUGGGAGGCGAGGAGAAGAGCGAGGGUGAGAAGUCCCCAGCAGAGGCUCAAGGCAUGACCCGUGAGGAGUACGAGGAGUAUCAGCGGCAGCUGGUGGAGGAGAAGAUGGAGCGAGACGCCCAGUUUGCCCAGCGCAAGGCAGAGAGGGCCACGGUCAGGUCCCACUUCCGAGACAAAUAUCGGCUCCCCAAGAACGAAACCGACGACAACCAGAUCCAGCUGGUGGGAGGCGACGUGGAGCUGCCCAAGGAGCUGGCCAAGAUGAUCGAGCAGGACAACGAGGAGGAGGAAGAGAAGAACUCCGUCAUCGGUCAACUCAGCAACAUCCAGAACCUGGACCUUGACUCCUUGAAGGACAAAGCCUCUGCCACGCUAGAGGACCUGAAGCAAUCAGCCGAGAAAUGCGCCGUGAUGUGACCCAACCGACGCGACACCCUCAGCCUCGCAGUGGUGGGGACCCACCGAUGUCCGUGUGAGCCGGGUCCUCCUUCUGAGCCGUGUUAAGCCCUGACCCAGAUGUCCCCGCUCCGUCCGUGCCGGUAUCCCCGUGCGUGGUUUUGUUGUUGGGUCGCGGUCUGGUCUGAGGUUAGAGCAAAGGGAUGGCUUGGCGUCCCUAUCUCCCGGGGUGGGAUCGGCUCCGUGUGGGAGAAGGGGCAGAAGGUGACCCCAUAAGGGAAAACGCUUCCUUCUCUGUCGUGAUGUGGUCGUGUGCUGUGCUCAGUCGAGUGUUACACCUCCUAUGCUGUCCCCGUGCCACGGCACCGUUAUCGCCGCUGGAAUAAAUACCAGGAGAUGUCUAUGCAUUCCUUCCUCCCACAGCGCUCCCUCCAACAUUACAGGUGACGGCGUUUCAGCGCCGGGUGGUGGAAGCAUCACGUUUAGAGCACCUUUGCUGACACCCAUGCGGGCUUUGUGCUCAGCGUGCCCAGGCAGCAAUAGGGAAAAAAUAAAAAAUAAUAAUAAUAAAAAAAAUACAGCAUUCCUCCCCAGCUGCAGAGAAUUGGACUAGGUGACCUUUAAGGUUCCUUUCCAACUUCAGUGAUUCCAUGGAUUGGGUGGGAAGCCAUUCUUUGGGAAAACACGAGGAGCCACUGUGCCAUUGGUGUGAUGGCUGGUGCACUUCCCCCGCACACAGAGCCCCAAAUGAGUAAUGGUUCAAGUGGAGAAACAAAUGAGUCGCUA